AUGGAAUCUAGCUUUGAGUUCAGCGUAGAGGAACUUCUACGAAGAACACAAAUUUAUUCGGUUAGAAAAGAAGAUUACCGUGUGAAAAAAUUAUCCUUUUCCAAAUUUCACGAAAUUUCAGGGGAUUCUAACGAGCUCAUUAUCAGAGUUACUUUACCUGAAUUCAAGGAUCAACAGAAAAAUGUUUCUCCCGGCUCCUAUGAGGGUGGGUACACAAUCUGGGAAAGUACCUGGAUUCUUUUGGUAUUCCUUGACAACAUUAAGGAAUCUAAACCGUUGUCAAUAUUAGAGUUGGGAUCAGGAAUUGGAGUCUGUGGAACAUUUUUGGGGUUGAAAGGCCAUAAAGUAUCAUUUCAAGAUUUAAAUUUAAAUGUUAUUGAGAAGGGAUUAAUUCCUAACAUUGCCAUGAAUGAAUCCCAAGUGUGCAAUAUGAACAAAAAUGACAAAGUUAGAGUUAAUUUAAAGAUUUUAUAUAAAGAUGAACUCAAGAAUUUGUUACUUAUCUCAACAGAUUUCCCUAACGAUAAAUCAACCAACACCUAUGAAAUUGUAGCGGGAGAUUGGAUCAAUUUGAUCAAUGAUAAAACAAUUUUAGAAAGUUUCAAAAAUAAAUUUGAUUUAAUAAUAGCGUCAGAAUGCAUUUAUCGCACUGAAAACUAUGACUCGAUAGUUAAAAUGGUGUUGAGUUUUAUGAACGAAAGUGGUAAAGCGUUUGUAGCAACAAAGAGGUUCUAUUUUGGCCUAUCCGGAGGAACAUUCCAAUUCUUACAACACAUAAAGGAAUCAAACAUCUAUAACAGUUACAAACUAUGUGGAAAAAUUAUUAAAUCAGUGGAACCAAAAAAUAGCGCAAACGUAAUUGAUAUAAUAGAAAUAACAAAAAUCCCAAAUGUAAGUAUUUAA